GCGACCCGCCACUCGCCUGGAGCGCGCGGGCGAGGCGGGCGCAGCGCACCGGGGCUCCCGUGGGCUCACAGCUGCGCGCUCGCACGGCGCGGCUCUCGGUGGCGGCGGCGGCCGCCUGAGCGCAGGGCUCCCGGGAUAAAAGCCUCUGCAGCUCCCGAUCGCGACCCCGCUCCCGGUCGCAUCCCGGCCACGUCUUUGGCCAUGGCUCUGGCGGACAGCACCCGAGGAUUACCCAACGGGGGUGGAGGCGGGGGUGGCAGCGGCUCGUCGUCGUCCUCGGCGGAGCCGCCGCUCUUCCCGGACAUCGUGGAGCUGAACGUGGGGGGGCAGGUGUAUGUGACCCGGCGCUGCACGGUGGUGUCGGUGCCCGACUCGCUGCUCUGGCGUAUGUUCACGCAGCAGCAGCCGCAGGAGCUGGCCCGGGACAGCAAGGGCCGCUUCUUUCUGGAUCGGGACGGCUUCCUCUUCCGCUACAUCCUGGAUUAUCUGCGGGACUUGCAGCUCGUCCUGCCGGACUACUUCCCCGAGCGCAGCCGGCUGCAGCGCGAGGCCGAGUACUUCGAGCUGCCGGAGCUCGUGCGUCGCCUCGGGGCGCCCCAGCAGCCGGGUCCCGGGCCACCGCCGCCGCACUCGCGCCGCGGGGUUCACAAGGAGGGCUCGGUGGGCGAUGAGCUGCUGCCGCUGGGCUACUCGGAGACCGAGCCGCAGGAGGGCGCCUCGGCCGGGGCUCCGUCGCCCACGCUGGAGCUGGCUAGCCGCAGCCCGUCCGGGGGCGCGGCGGGUCCCCUGCUCACACCGUCCCAGUCUUUGGACGGCAGCCGGCGCUCCGGCUACAUCACCAUCGGCUACAGGGGCUCCUACACCAUCGGGCGCGACGCCCAGGCGGACGCCAAGUUCCGGCGGGUGGCGCGCAUCACGGUGUGCGGCAAGACGUCGCUGGCCAAGGAGGUGUUUGGGGACACCCUGAAUGAGAGCCGGGAUCCCGACCGGCCCCCGGAGCGCUACACCUCGCGCUAUUACCUCAAGUUCAACUUCCUAGAGCAGGCCUUCGAUAAGCUGUCCGAGUCGGGCUUCCACAUGGUGGCGUGCAGCUCCACUGGCACCUGCGCCUUUGCUAGCAGCACCGACCAGAGCGAGGACAAGAUCUGGACCAGCUACACCGAGUACGUCUUCUGCAGGGAGUGAGCUCCCCAGACCCCUGGCCACUCCUGCGCCCACUUCCCUUCCUCCGCGCCGGGGCACAGGAUUAUAGAUGCCCCAGACCCCUUCCCCUCGUGCCCUGGUUCCUUCUGCCCUCCCCGUCUCGCCCCCAGUAGCUGCUCAUCCAGACCGGUCAGCUCCCCACUUGAGAAUCUGCAGCCACAGAUCCUCUGGGCUUCUUCGUCUUCUUUGGACCCCGCUAAUCGAGAGUGCUCAGAUGUAGCUCUUCUUCACCUCUGCUGCCUCUACUCCUGGCCUCCAACCACCCCUCCCCCAGAUUGUACUUGAGUACCUGAGAUCUAGUGGGGCGGUGCGGGCGCAAAGUGACUGAAUUGUUCUGACCCGACUGGACGGUGUCCAGCGUGCAGUGCGGGAAUCUUUGAAACCUUAGAUCCUUUGACUUCAUAGUGGUUUCAGAGAUCAGAACUGAGAGCGCCGUGUGGAGAUAGUGUUUUAAAGGACUUGUUCCCCAUUAGAAAGAUGAAGUUUUAGACAACAGAAUGGAAGACUGUAAUGCUGGAAUUAAGACCCCAUGGAGGCAGUUCAGAGACUGUAAAUAAAGUGAUUAGAAACAAAAAAAGUUACAGGUAGAAGUAAAUCCUAGUGCUGGUAACGGGAGGAUCCUAUUUUCUCUACACAAUAGAUCUCCUGUGGCUUGAAAUUGUAGAAAGCGAUGAUCCCCCUGCCUGCGGAGGCGCCCUUUCUCGUCGGCUGUUUGCCUGAGCUUUAGGUUGAUUGGUUAAGGCAGCCCUUGUUGGCAAGGAGUAGGCCGCAGGAGGCAAGGCUACCCAGGCCCCCAGCGCUGCAGAAAGUCACUGGCAGAGACUGAGUAAUGCAGGAGUGUUAGAGGAUCCUACAGCCCUUAGGUCUAGGACUAGUGGGAAGGUU